UCAAAUGACUCAAAUCAUCAUCCCGUGCUAUUUUUAGAUAGGCACACGCUUGGCUACUGUACUAGCUACGGGGCAGAAACUUUCUUUCUACUUCUAGUCUUAUUUUUUAGCGUAAUUAGGUUCUGUAGACAAUAUGGGUGAUUUUGUUUGGGCAUUAAAGAAUGGAGACAUGGAAAAAGUAAAAGAGCUCGUGGAGAAUCAGAAAGUGAAUGUGAAAGAAGAGAUCAGCGGUAGACCACCUAUACAUUAUGCAGCUGACUAUGGACAGAAAGAUGUCAUUAAGUAUCUACUUGAGGCAGGAGCAGAUGUAAAUUCCAUUGACAAACAUGGGAUAAGUGCCUUACUAGCUGCAAUCUGGGAAGGACAUACAGAUUGUGUAAAGUUUAUGUUAGAAAAGGGGGCAAGGAAAGAAGGCGCUGCACCUGAUGGCACAAGUUAUCUAGACUGUGCUGAGAAGCAGGUGAUCAAGGCUCUGCUUAAGUGAGAGUGCUCCCGUGAAUGUAAAGGACAUGUGAAAUCGCUCAUUGCAGAAUGAUGUUUUUAAUCGUGGAGUUGAACACCAGGACAAGUUUUCUGCAACUCUGCCCAAGUCGCGCAGCCACAGCAGCGUGGGCCUGCACACAUUGCCGCUCUCUGGAAUGCAAGAAGCAUUGACUGAAGGGUGUCAGAUGCUGUAGGAACUAGAAACUCUGGGAUUUGGGACAUCUGCUCGCAGGCAGGCAGCUUGGCCCCUUGAUUUUCUCAUUGCAAAUGUUACUUAUUUAACUUAGAUUUAUAAGUGGCCAUGUGAGAGUUGUAGCGGUUGUGUCUCUUGUUUGGUACUUCAUCUCUUCUUUGUAGGAUGGUAUUGGAAGCACGCAGGUACAGACACUUGAAACUAUUCAACGUGUUACAGGAACUGUAGCUAAGUCUGUUAUGUAAGUCUGUGGCCAUUAUUGCGGCUGUUUUCAAUCAUGUGUUGUCUUUUCUAAUAUACUUAAAUGCCAAACAACGUGCUUACUGGUCUUUAGGUGGAAAAACUGUAAUCAUAUUACCAAAUUAUAUCUGCAUGAAUUUCGAAACAUUGGUUCAAACAGUCAUGAUUAUACCAGAUUAGUUUUAUGCAGCUUUAUGCAGGCUUCCAAGUUUGUUUUCUAUAUUUUUGUAUUCCAAUUCAAAAUAGUCAAGAGUUGAGAGGCAAGUAAUUUGUAUUUGCUAUGUUACGUGAAUUGGUGGCAAGAAUAUUUUAUACACUUGUAUUUUACUAUAAUAUAAUGCUUGAAAUAAUUGUAAAACUUACAAGUGGAUUAUAGAGAAUUAUAAAAUUAUUUGAGUAUAAAUUGUA